AGAAAAGAUUCUCUCCCCCAGACCUGGGACUACUCGCCCUGCAGCGCCGCAAGAGCGCGAUCAGACCCGCUCACUCCAGACGCGGCCUUUCGACCAGUCCAGCGUACUCCACACCCAGCGGAUCUAGCUCUACCCCCUCCUGGGCUGGAUCUGGGAGCUGACUCACGGACCGCCCCGCCCUGAACCUGCGGAGGGGACAGGCGCGGGGGCGGAACACGAUGACCUAGGGAGUGGGCCCGGAGGGAGCCUCCAAGGCCAUGGCCUCCGUAGGAGCGACCCCAGGCAGGACGCCGCAGGGACCGGGACCCAGGGAGGCCUCGGCCAGCUUCCCCAGCCCGGCCCCAGUGCCGGAGCCCCGGGGGGCCGAGGAGGAGGACGAGGAGGAGCCCGCGGAGAUUCAUCUGUGUGUGCUGUGGAGCUCAGGGUACCUGGGCAUUGCCUACUAUGACACUAGUGACUCCACCAUCUACUUUAUGCCAGAUGCCCCAGACCACGAGAGCCUCCAGCUGCUCCAGAGAGUUCUGGAUGAAAUCGAUCCCCAGUCUGUUGUCACCAGCGCCAAACAGGAUGAGAAUAUGACUCGGUUUCUGGGGAAGCUUGCCUCCCAAGAGCACAGAGAGCCUAAGAGACCUGAAAUCAUACUUUUGCCAAGUGUGGAUUUUGGCCUGGAGAUAAGCAAACAGCGCCUCCUUUCUGGAAACUACUCCUUCAUACCAGACUCCAUGACCGCCACCGAGAAAAUCCUCUUCCUCUCCUCCAUCAUCCCCUUUGACUGCCUCCUCACGGUUCGAGCACUUGGAGGGCUGCUGAAGUUCUUGGGUCGAAGAAGAAUCGGGGUUGAACUGGAAGACUAUAACGUCAGCAUCCCCAUCCUAGGCUUUAAGAAAUUUGCGUUGACACAUCUGGUGAGCAUAGAUCAAGACACUUACAGUGUUCUGCAGAUAUUUAAGAGUGAGCCUCACCCCUCAGUGUACAAAGUGGCCAGUGGACUCAAGGAGGGGCUCAGCCUCUUUGGAAUCCUCAACAGAUGCCGCUGUAAGUGGGGAGAGAAACUGCUCAGCCUCUCCCGCCGCAGAGCACAGGCUCCAGAUGCGCAGGCCCAGUGGCCACGGCCCAUGGGCCCAGCCGCUCCGCGGCACGUGGGAUCCUCCCGGACCGGGGCACGAACCCGUGUCCCCUGCAUGGCAGGCGGACUCCCAACCACUGCGCCACCAGGGAAGCCCCGGCUAUGGUUCACACGUCCAACCCAGGACCUGGAGGAACUAAAUUCCCGUCUGGAUGUCAUUCAGUUUUUCCUGUUACCCCAGAAUCUGGACAUGGCUCAGAUGCUGCAUCGAUUGCUGGGUCACAUCAAGAACGUGCCUCUGAUUCUUAAACGCAUGAAGUUGUCCCACACCAAGGUCAGUGACUGGCAGGUUCUCUACAAGACAGUGUACAGUGCCCUGGGCCUGAGGGAUGCUUGCCGCUCCCUGCCCCAGUCCAUUCAGCUCUUUCGGGACAUUGCCCAAGAGUUCUCUGAUGACCUACACCACAUUGCCAGCCUCAUUGGGAAAGUGGUGGACUUUGAGGGCAGUCUUGCUGAAAAUCGCUUCACAGUCCUCCCCAACAUAGAUCCUGAAAUUGAUGAGAAAAAACGAAGGCUGACAGGACUUCCCAGUUUCCUCACUGAGGUGGCUCGGAAGGAGCUGGAAAAUCUGGACCCCCGUAUUCCUUCAUGCAGUGUCAUCUACAUCCCUCUGAUUGGCUUCCUUCUUUGUAUUCCCCGCCUGCCUUCCAUGGUGGAGACCAGUGACUUCGAGAUUGAGGGUCUGGACUUCAUGUUCCUCUCAGAGGAGAAGCUUCACUAUCGUAGUGCUCGAACCAAGGAGCUGGAUGCAUUGCUGGGGGACCUGCACUGCGACAUCCGGGACCAGGAAACCCUGCUGAUGUACCAGCUGCAGUGUCAGGUGCUGGCACGGGCAGCUGUCUUGACCCAGGUGUUGGACCUCGCCUCCCGCCUGGACGUCCUCUUGGCUCUUGCCAGUGCCGCUCGGGACUAUGGCUACUCAAGGCCCCGUUACUCCCCACGGCUCCUUGGGGUACGAAUCCAGAAUGGCAGGCAUCCUCUGAUGGAGCUCUGUGCCCGAACCUUCGUGCCCAACUCCGCAGAAUGCGGGGGGUACAAAGGGAGGGUCAAAGUCAUCACUGGACCCAACUCCUCAGGGAAGAGCAUAUACCUCAAACAGGUAGGCUUGAUCACAUUCAUGGCCCUGGUGGGCAGCUUUGUGCCAGCAGAGGAAGCCGAAAUCGGGGCAGUAGACGCCAUCUUCACCCGAAUCCAUAGCUGUGAAUCCAUCUCCCUUGGCCUCUCUACCUUCAUGAUCGACCUCAACCAGCAGGUGGCGAAAGCAGUGAACAAUGCCACCGAGCGGUCGCUGGUCCUUAUUGAUGAAUUCGGAAAGGGAACCAACACGGUGGAUGGUCUCGCGCUUCUAGCGGCCGUGAUCCGACACUGGCUGGCGCUUGGGCCCACGUGCCCCCACAUCUUCGUGGCCACCAACUUUCUGAGCCUCAUUCAGCUACAGCUGCUGCCACAGGGGCCCCUCGUGCAGUAUUUGACCAUGGAGACCUGUGAAGAUGGGAAUGACCUUGUCUUCUUCUAUCAGGUUUGCGAAGGUGUUGCCAAUGCCAGCCAUGCCUCCCACACAGCUGCCCAGGCUGGGCUUCCUGAGAAGCUCGUUGCUCGUGGCAAGGAGGUCUCAGACUUGAUCUGCAGUGGAAAGCCCAUCAAGCCUGUCAAGGAGCUGCUAAAGGAGAAACAAAUGGAAAAUUGCCAGAUGUUAGUAGACAAGUUUCUGAAACUGGAUUUGGAAGAUCCCAGUCUGGACCUGGACAUUUUCAUGAGACAGGAAGUGCUGCCUGCUGCCGCCACCGUCCUCUGAGAGUCUUCCCUGGGCUCUCCUCCACGUCCCAAACCCCGGGAGGCUGCCAGGCCCUCUUUGUUUCCUUACCUCCUUCACACCCAGAGUUCUCAGUUUCCCUGGAAAUUUUGUUUCAUGUUAGUAAUAAAGUUUAUUUUGGAGAAA